AUGCAAAUCGUCAACUACGCCGCCUGGCUCCCUGCUGAAAAGUCUCCUUUGGAGGUCGCGACAGCCCCAUUCCCGGAUCUUAAUCCCGAUGAAAUCAUCGUCAAAAACCACGCCGUGGCCGUGAAUCCCGUGGACUGGAAGAUCCAAACUUCCGGCGGGUUUGGACUUUCAUACCCGAGCAUCCUAGGAGAGGACGUCGCGGGAGAGAUUGUAGAGGUCGGACACAAUGUCCAGGGUUUGAAUGUGGGCGAUCGAGUUAUUGCCCAUGCGCUAGGCCUGCGUAAUGGGAAUGCUUAUGGUGGCUUUCAGUUAUAUCCGCGCGUAAAAGUUGAGACGGUCGCGAAAAUCCCGGAGAUGCUUGAGUUCAAGCAGGCCGUGGUGCUCCCUUUGAGCAUCUCGACGGCUGCAGCGGGAUUAUAUUUGAAGGAGAACCUGGGGUUGAGGUAUCCCGAGCUCGAGAGCAGCAGGCCGAUAUCCACGUCGCCGUCGACGAAAAAGAACCCGGCUCUCCUCCUUUGGGGCGGAUCGUCGUCCGUCGGAUCUUCAGUAAUUCAACUCGCCGUGGCCUCAGGCUACGAUGUCAUUGCCACAGCGUCGCCGGCAAAUUAUUCAUACGUCAAGUCCCUCGGCGCGUCUCUCGUGCUGGACUACCACAAUCCGGACAUCGUCCCGAUACUGAUCUCGCUCUUGAAGGAAAACGGCACCCCUGUCGUCGGUGCAUACGAUGCCAUAGGAACCGAGACGACUGUACGCCAGAGCGCGGCGGUCCUGUACGCGCUCGGCGGCGGGACUGUCGCGAGCGUUGUGGCCGCGCCUGAAGAUCUACCGAAGAAUGUCAAGGUGGCGAGGAUUGGAAGCACCAACAUUGUAAGUCAAGAAGGUGGCAUCGUUGCUAGGAAGGUUUGGCGUGAGUACGUGUCCGCUGCGUUGGAGAAGGGGCUGUUGUUGCCGGCGCCGCCCGAGUUGGUGGUGGGCAAUGGAUUAUAUUUCGUGCAGGGUGGUCUGGAUAGGCAAAAGAGCGGAGUCAGUGCCAGAAAGGUGGUGGUGACGCUUCGGACAGAGACAGAUAAGAAAAAUAAAGAGCGAUAA